UCUAUAAAUACUCGGUGCCUCUAGCACCUCGACAUUACCUCACGCUCUCUCAAUUUCAGUUUCGUAAAUUCAAUUGCGGUUCUUGUUUCGUUGAUUUAAAAGAAACAGAGAGUUAAUUUUGGGAUUCUUUUUUCUUUUUCCUCUCUGUAUAAGCUGUAAUCAUGCUCGUUUAUCAGGAUCUUCUCACAGGCGAUGAGCUUCUAUCUGACUCAUUCCCUUACAAGGAAAUCCAGAAUGGCAUGUUGUGGGAAGUUGAGGGAAAGUGGGUUGUUCAAGGUGCAAUUGAUGUAGACAUUGGUGCCAACCCUUCUGCAGAAGGAGGAGGAGAAGACGAAGGUGUUGAUGAUCAGGCUGUCAAGGUUGUUGAUAUUGUUGACACAUUCAGGCUUCAGGAGCAACCUUCUUUUGACAAGAAGCAGUUUGUCACUUACAUGAAGAGGUACAUCAAGUUGCUGACAGCUAAACUGGAGCCAGAAAAGCAGGAAUUGUUCAAGAAGAACAUUGAAGCAGCUACCAAGUUCUUGCUUUCGAAACUCAGCGACCUCCAAUUCUUUGUGGGUGAGAGCAUGCAUGAUGAUGGCAGCUUGGUAUUUGCAUACUACAAGGAAGGUGCUACUGAUCCAACCUUUCUGUAUUUUGCCUAUGGGCUGAAGGAAGUCAAGUGUUAAAGGGGUCUCAGCAUUGUGGCGGCCUGCUCCUCGCAUGCAGCGGAUACUCUUAAUAUCUGUACCAUCAGCAGAGUUUUAGCAUAAGUUAUUUAGAUAUAUGGUAUUUCUUUUUGGUUAAGGAGUUAAUAGUAAUAGUUAGUGUGUUUUCUUUAAGGAAAGUUUUGGAUGAUUCUUAUAUUAGUGAGCUUAAUAUGCUCUGAGUCGAUCUAGAAAUAAAGUUAUUGUCUUUGCAUAUA